AUGGAGUCCAGAGGAUUGGAAAAACUGCUCGUCAUAAAAGUACUACGCAGAGCUUUCAACGAUUAUGAGCGAGGUGAUGAGAUUGGAAGUUCUGCCGGUCAUGUCCACCACUGCCUGGACGCACUCCGUCAAGAUAUGAUGUGCAAUGCCGACGAUAGCCCAAUGCCUAAGGAACCAGAGAGACACGCCUUUUACCAUCGAUGGAGUGACUAUGAAGGGAGAGUGAAAAAUAGAAUGGAGAUGUUUGCGUUUUGA